UGCGCGGUCGGCUACUGCUUCUCGCUGGGGCUCUGCUGAUUGUACUGGGCCGGAGGUGUCCCGGGGCCUCGGCCUCACACAAGGCGGCAGCUGGGGGCGGGGGGAGCGGGGAACGGGCCGACAACUUGUCUCCUUCACUGCUAGCAUGGAGCCCUGAUCUCCCCUCACGGGGCUCCCCGGUCACACUGAGGCCUAAAGCUGGAAUGAGCCAUUGAGGGGGGAGUCCGGGAGAUCUGGGGAGCAGCGCUGACAUCAUGGCUCAGGAGAAGAUGGAGCUGGACGUGGUGGAGAUCCCGGGGGAUGGCAGCCUCAGGAGGUCCAAUAGCGCCCCCCAUAUCAACGGGCUCAGUGAUCACUCUUUGGUAUUUCAGCCAUACGCAUCCAGAGCGCGCAGGAACAGCACGACUGUAGUGAAUCGCCAGAGUGUGAUCCCAACAUCUUCUCCCAUCCGUAUUCCGAGCAGCAGAUUAUAUCAGCUUAAAAGGGAGGAAGGUGUGGACUUGAUGAAUCGUGAAACAGCACGUGAGAGGGAGAUCCAGACUGCAAUGCAGAUGAGCCUGUCCUGGGAGGAAAGCUUCAGUCUGAGUGACAAUGAUCUUGAUAAACUGGAUAAAUCUUCUUCUCCAAAGCGUAUUGACUUUGCACCAGUGUCGCCUGCUCCCUCACCCACCAGAGGAAUUGGGAAGCAAUGUUUUUCUCCAUCUCUUCAAAUGUUUGUGAGCAGUAAUGGCCUGCCUCCGAGCCCGAUCCCCAGUCCUACAAGACGCUUCUCCACCAGAAGGAGUCAGAGUCCUAACUGCAUACGUCCAAGUGCCCUCGGCCCUAUAAAGAGGAAAGUUGAAAUGGAAAUAGAGAGUCAACCAAAGAGACUGUUUCAAGGUACAACCAACAUGCUUUCUCCUGAUGUCACUCAUCUCUCCGAUUUCAGUUGCCUUUCAUCAGACCUUGACAGCAGCAGUAGUAUCGGUUCCUCAUCUGACUCUACAGCCAAGGAAAGCUGUGUGACUGACUCCCCUGCAGCCUGUUCCAACUCCUGCUCUUCAUUCAUAUCACUGGAUGAUCUGUCACCCAAAUGAAAUGGCACAAGACCCCAGACCAUGAUCUCUCCAACCCUAAUAUUUAAAGACUGUGGUGGAAAGUCAGGAAAGCCGGUCAUCUCCUCUCCUUAAACCCUGUAUCAUUUUUGUUUUGUUUUUAUUUUUUCUCUCCCCCCAAAUCUUUGUUUUGUGUACAUAUAUAUAUAUAUUUUUCUAAUCCUCCCUCCAGCCUGAAGGACUGUUACAGGACUCUUGAACAGUGGCGUGAGGGGUGGUGAUUUGUGUACAGAAUGCUAUGUACAGUACAAUGCCAUGCACCUGCUUGUUCCAGGUAUUUAUCCAGAACAUGAAUUUUGAAGUACCGGUAUAAUUUUUGUUUUAUUUAUUGUUUAUGAAGUAAUAUAAGCAGACUAAGAAUGUUAUUUAAUUUAGAUUUUGCCAUUAAAAGUGGCCACUUUUUAGGGAGCAAACAGUAGGUAGAUGGGGUUCCACCCCAUGGCAAUAGCUUUCGGUGAAGGGGGGGGGGGCGUCGGCGCAUAAGGAUCUUCUGUGGAUUUUCAAAACUUCAUCCACAUCUUACACACUUUUUCUGCACAGA